GAACGCUUCAAGUGGACUUUCCCAAUGUCCACAUCCCUCCUGAAGUGGAUCAACCCGGAAAGCUUCGUGCUGUCCAUGCACAUAUGGUUAUUACAUCUGCUGUGGGCAAGAUCUUGGAGAAGAUGGGAGUGUGCACAGAGAUCACCUUCACCCGCUACAUGCGCUCAGGGAAGAAGCGAGGCCCGGAGCCGCGGCUGCGCCUGCAGGACACGCGCUUUGGUGGAGUGCCGGUGCGGCUCUACCUGCCCCGUGUGCCAUCUGCUGCCCUGAGGCCUGCCACCAUCUUCUUCCACGGCGGUGGUUGGAUUUACUGCAGCAUCGAUUCCCAUGACAACAUCUGUCGUUACAUCGCCAGAGAGAGCGGCUCUGUGGUUGUGUCUGUUGGGUACCGUUUAGCUCCUGAGCACAAAUAUCCUGCUGCGUAUGAAGACUGUCUUAACGCUACCGUACACUUCAUGAGGAAUGCGGAGCACUAUGGGGUGGAUCCUGCCUGUAUCAGUGUCUGUGGGGACAGUGCUGGGGGCAAUCUAGCUGCUGCUGUUAGCCAGACCCUGUCAGGUAGAGCAGACCUCCCCAGGCUGCGUGCUCAGAUCCUGAUCUACCCAGGCCUUCAGGCAGUGGACAUGGAUUUACCAUCCUACCAGCAAAAUCGGGGAGUCCCUCUCUUGCUCCGAGAACGCGCUGCUUUCUUUGCUUUGCAGUACCUACACGGGGAUGCAUCGCACAAGCAAGACGUCCUGAAGGGCUCUCAUGUCCCUCCAGAAAUGAGACAGAAGUACAAACAGUGGGUGAGCCCAGACAACAUCCCUGAGAGGUUUAAGGCAAGGGGAUACAACCCACACAAAACUCAUGACAUCACGGCCGAAAUUUUUAAGAAAUUUGAAAGAAUUUGUGAGCCCAACCUGUGCCCCCUGCUAGCUGAAGACGCUGUUAUUCAGCAGCUGCCCGAGUCCUUCAUCCUGACCUGUGAGUAUGAUGUACUAAGAGACGACGGCUUGCUGUACAAGAAGAGGUUGGAGGACAAUGGAGUCCCAGUGACCUGGUGCCACCUCGAGGAUGGAUUCCAUGCAAUAAUAAGCCUGUAUGAUUAUGGUGGGUUGUCAUUUCCAUCCGGGAAAAGGGGAUUGGAUAGAGUUGUUCAAUUCAUAAAAGGCCUUUAGAAGAAGCUUUCCUUGGCUAUGUUACUCUACCUCAGAAAUUAGUGGAUGUUCCCAAAGCUUGGAUGGUAAUUGUCAGCAAAAAAGUGAUAGCCCUCCAUGUGUACAAUAUCUGAACUUGCAGAACGUCAAAUACUAUAAUCUGAACAGUGAUCACUGUCACUGUG